AUGUCUGCCUUUGAUAUCGCCAUCUCAGAAACGAUCUGGGAUGGUAAACUUCCUCUCCAAGUAACCUUUCAUCCAACAGAAUCCAUUUCAUCCGCUCGAACACCAGAUCCAAUAUAUAUAGAAGUAGCUCGUCUUUCCUACCUUUCUCUUUUGACCCAUCAGCUUCAUUCCAUCUACACCGGACUUGGUAUUCAAACCCAACCAGAGAAUGUAUGGUAUGAUUACAAUGGAGAACCUCUCAAAUGGCACUUUCCUAUCGGCCUCUUAUACGAUCUAUACAAUUUCCCAAUCUCACAAGUACCGACCUUUGGUGAAAAGGCUAGUCUUCCAUGGCGUAUCAAUAUUCAUUUCGAUGAAUUUCCUAUUGAUAAAAUACUGCGCAAUCCUACACUGGAUACAACCCAAGACAUGUUCAUGUCGAUGCUCAAGGAGGCAGACUUUCUCCGUCACGGAACCACAAAAAGGGUUAUGAAUAUGUCUAAACGCGAUCAAACGCAGCUGUGGCAGUCUCUGGUACAAGGAAAGUACUCUGAAUAUUGGAGCGUGAAUAAGCAUUUGCUCGAAAACGGCCAAUUAGCACGACACAUUCCUUUGCGUCUUUAUAUGCCAUACAAAUGUCCACCCAUUCAAGAACUAGUCCCAGGAAACACAGAAGAGCACCCGCUUCUUAUAGGAGAUGCCAUGACACGCAUCUUACCGGACUUGUUUCCUUCGGAUGACCAAGAAGAGUGUGACGCGAUACCUGUAAUUCAUGGUGUACCUUUGCCUUUGGACACACCUCUAGGAUGGGCCUCUGACAAUCUAUGUUUUGCAGACAAUUUUCUUCAUAUUGUCAUCAGUAAAAAGGGCACAGACAAUGGCCUAGACACAUAA